AUGGAGUUCGGCCAGCUGAACGGCUUCUACCGUCGUGGGUUUCCGCUCCUCAAAAGGUAUCUGUGGGCCUUCGAUGAGCUCGUUGCCGCGUCUCUUCCGGAGCUUCACGAGCACUUCUGCAAAGAGAACCUCCAGCACUCCGUCUACCUCCAUCAAUGGUUCCUGACCCUCUUCGUUAGCAGCCUGCCGUUGCCCAUGGUACUUGUGCUUUGGGACGCCAUCAUCUGCGGAGGUCUUGCGGAGAUUCUAUCGGUCUCCAUAGCCGUGCUGCAGUUGUUGCAGCAGACACUUCUGGGCAUGAGGUUCGAAGAGGUUGUCAGCUUCUUCCAGACGCUGAAGACCCGCGAGCAAGAAGACUGCGACUUCGAGAGUAUCGGCCGCAUUGCCGUCAUCAGCAGCGGGAGCUUCUCCAUUCCCAAGCAUGUCGCAGAUGUGCUGCGCAGGCCGCUUCCGCUGACGUCCGACCACCUCAUGGAACGUUCUCCGCAGUCACCCACGAAACGCAUGCUGGACUCAGAUGAGGAUAUGACCACAACGGCAAACACAACCACAGUCAAUUCGCCUUGUAGCACGGGUGCCGCCAGCAGUGAGGGCGGUGUGUUGCGCGACUACUUGCGUCAGAUCAACCAGGGUCUCAGCUGGUGGGUCGAUGCCAGGCGUCCCAACUUUGACAGCCCUGCCCGAGAGUGUCACAGGGUGGGCCGUCGGUUUCUGCAAGAGCCACGGAUCCACCAGGCGGAGCAGCAGCUAGCAGAUCUUUUGAACAAGAGGUUGAGUUUCGGCACAGGUUGGUUGACUGAUGGAGGAAACGGGGUCGAACGAGGGCCAGCCCGGGCAGCGAAGGUGCUUCCAGACUGCUGGAAUCCUUUUGCUGCAGCACCGGACAAUUUGGGCACCCUCACUGCCAUCAUGACGAGGAACCUGGGGCAGCCGUGCCGACAUGAGGUGCAAGGACUCCUGGAGGACCUUCUCAAGGAAUGUGAGAAGAUAGAGGGGUUUUCCGAAUGGGAAUGCCUCCGGGACCUCAUGCUGUGGUUCACAGGGCAUAAAGAGCUGAACGAAGGCUUGCGUGCCAAACUAGCUGAUGCACCCAAAGAAGCGAUGCUAUGGGCCGGCUUUCACGAUGGCGAUCCUCGAGGACUCAACCACAAGGCCUUGGCGGACUUUGCCAACCUGGUGGACUCGAGCAUCGUCCACCCCAGCACAAUUCUGGGCAAAGUUGUCCAGAAGAACAACGACCUCCUUGGCUGCAGAGGCGAUCCGGGCGCUUCAGUGCCUUGCUUCAAACAAUGGUCGGGCGACGACGACAAGGGUCCGCUUGUCAACUUCUGGAACGGCGCUAGCCGUGCCUUCGUGGAAAGCAUGGCUGCGAGAAGUCAGUCCUCGGUGGUGGCUGUCCUGAACCAAGGCCUAAAUGCAACGGAAAAGUGGUCGCUCUACAAGUCCGUGUUCUGGAAUUACGAAUUGAUGACGCUGGCAGAUGCACUGCAUGAAGAUGGAUCUUUUUCUCCACAGAUUCUCCUGGUCGACAUGCGGGGUACCUGUCAGAAGCUGGCCAAGCUGGUCAAGCAGCAUCUGAGAGGGCGGAUUGGAAGAUUUGCCGACACUUUCUUAGAUGACAAACCGAUCAUGUGCUACGAUUGCCCCAGAGGCCAAUGUGACCUUGACGAGGCCUUGGCCGCAAGAGUCCGAUCGUGUUUGGGCAAGGACGACUGGCUGUCAUCGGUUCGCAACUGGUUUCGCCCGCCCAAGUGUCCUAGGUUCCAGUUCGAGUUUUGGCGAGACACAGAAGUGGCUGUACCAGUUAGCUAG